AUGAGAGUCAAUAUUUUAAAAUACGUUCUUUUUUCAAUUAUUAUUUGUUUUUUUGAAUAUGCCAAAAAUGAAUUAUACUAUGUAAAUGAGAGAAUCAUAUAUCUUGAAAGGAAUAUAACCAACUUUAGAAAUAAUAGGAUAUUAGCAGAUAUAGACAAUCAAUUCGAUUUAAAUGAGUUUUAUCAAUCAAUUUUGAGUCUUGUAGAUCAAUUUAAUGAAUACAAUGUUGAUGACGAAAAAAUAACAUAUCUUCGAAAUAUUAUAGAUUCACAUAUAAAGAAGCAUAAAGAAAAUAAUACAUUGCCCGAUUUAAAUAAUUUAGAUAAGAAAACUAAAAAGCUAAUUGAUGAACUUCGAAAAGAAUUAGAAGAAGUAAAAAAAGAGCUUGAUAAUAAAAGAGAUAGUGAAUUAGAAAUACAGCCGAUACAUGAUAAAAGAAUAAUAAAAAAGGAUGAAAAUAAUUCUAUAUCAGAACAAGAAAACUUUAAACAAUUGGAAAAUUCUGAAAAUAUUUUGGAGACUGAAGAUAAUAAAUUUGAUGAUAAAGAUAAUAAAAUUACAUUAAGUAAUAAUUAUAAGAAAUUCCAAAUUAACCAAAAGUUAAAAGAUAAAAAAGCACUUGCGAUCUGGGGAAUGUUUAUAGUAUCUAAUAUUUUGGUAAUAUCAUUAGGAACGGGGUACUUAGCAAUAUUACUUAUACCGUGUACAGCUUUCAUAAUUAACAAAUAUUGGGAAUCCUUUAAAAAAUUAAAAAAAUCAAAAAUAUCAAAAUAA